AGGACUAUAGUAAACAACACAGAAAAACACUGAAAUCCGAAGUACACUGUAGGCUACAAACAAUUUAUAUUAAUGUUCCUGCAACUCCUUGUGUUGCUUGAAGUGGCGGCCUUAGUUUAGUACACCAGACUCUAGACGCCUUCUCAAAGUUUUGACGGUCUGAGUCGGGGAUUAGAUAUCUAGUAGACUUUGGGAAUUUAACGUGCCAAAGUAUAAGAUCACAGCCACAGGCUCAGAACUGAUACAAACACAAAAUUGAAAAAGUGAAUAACAACAGUUUGAGAACCGCCAGAUCUAAGAGAACUUGAAAAAUUACCCAUUCAUUAUUCAUGUUUUCAAAUUUUAGCGUCUAGAUGAGAUCUAGAUUCUUGAGCCUGCCUGUAGCAGUUUAGUCUCUGGAUAGAAAACAAAAGAAGUAAUUAUUGUUGUCUCUUUUGAUUGUUAAAUUGUUUAGGUCACUUCCCCUCUCAAAUGAGCUCUUGAGUGCACAAUGGUUGAUCGGAUUGACUUUUCUCAGGUUCCCAAAGAUAGAGGCUAUGAUUCUGCUUUUGACUCUGAUCUUGAAGUAAAAGAAAAGAGAGAUUCUUUUCGUGGACUGCUCAAAGAAAAGAAGAAGAAAGACAAAGUUGCUCAUAAACGACAGCUUGAAGAUGAACUGAUAAAAGAAGAGGGGAAAAUUUACAGAACGAAGGCAGUAGCAUUGGAUGCAUUUUCCCGACACAAAGAAUACAUCAAUAACUACUUACUUUAUUAUGGAGGAUCUAAGAAAGAAUUUGAAAGAGACAGAUCCAAGGACAAGACAGAUCUUGAUGUGAUCCGGGAGCACCAUCAGUUUCUCUGGGAUGAAGAUCCAGAUGAGAAAUCUUGGGAAAAAACUUUGGCAAAAAAAUACUAUGACAAGCUCUUCAAGGAAUACUGUAUCGCAGAUUUGAGUCGUUACAAAGAAAACAAGGUUGGAAUGAGAUGGAGGAUUGAGAAGGAAGUCAUUGAUGGCAAAGGGCAGUUUGUCUGUGGUAAUAAAAAAUGCUCGGAAUCAGAGGGACUACGCAGCUGGGAGGUGAACUUCGGCUAUUUGGAGCAUGGAGAGAAGAAGAAUGCACUAGUCAAAUUACGACUGUGUCCUGACUGCUCGUACAAACUCAAUUACCACCACAAGAGAAAGGAAGUCUUGCCCAAAUCCAAGAAGUCUCGAUCUGCUCACUCAUCCCUCGAUGCUGGCAGCAAAAAGCAGAAAAUGUCAGAUUCAGGUGGAGCUGGCUCUUCCAAGGAUUAUGUGGAUGAAGAAGGAGAGAUCAAGCGUGGGGAGAAGAAAGGAGCAGUGGAGGGGGAGGAUGGGCAGGAGGAGGGAGUUUGGAGCAAGCCGGUCAAGCUGGUGGAGGAAAAGUCGAGGGAGGAUGAAUAUGAUGACUACUUCGCAGACAUGUUUUUAUAGCAUCAUCCUUAGAGAUAGCAAAUGUCAGACGAUGCUUGUGAAAUGUGAGAGGGAAGAAGCAGCUGGUGGUUGGCUUAUCCAGCUGUGGAUAGCUGGAGGGAAAGUUGUGUUGCUAUUUGGACAUUUUAUUGAUGUUGCUGCUUCAGGUAUUUUAUGGAAAGCUAUUAAAGCAGUGAUGCAUGAACGCUAUGUUCACUGCAUGCUGAGAUUCAUCUGCUUUAUUAGUGCCAGUCAGUUUUAUGACGCAUUAGAUGAAAGGAGUAUUAUGUCUCUUACAAAACUACAGAUUGUUUCAAGAGGCGGUAUGUGUGGAUUGAUGACAGUUUCUCUAAAAACACCAAAGUUUAGGAUUGUACUUCAUUGGAUUUAUGCUUAAAUUUCCUGUGCCAAUUGUACUAACUCUUCACAGUAAUGAUGGUUGAAUUGUUUAGACAAUGAGAAUCAUAAUUUAAAACGUUGUGAAGAAACAAAUGUGAGGCAGCGUGGUGGAAUCAGGCUCUCGUCAAUUUUUGGGCAUGUAGAGUUAUUGGUAUCA